AUGGCGCCGCGACGUAACGCCCAGUCAACGGUGGCAGAGAUCGCCUUAGUGCAUCUCCAAAGCUGUCUUGUCAACCUGCCCAAUUCGCUGGCCUCGCUGCUGGCCAACCUGAAUACACCCUCGCAGAAUGUCAUCGUCGAGCUGACCUACCGCGUGGCGUCCUCGUCGCCCGCCCAGGGCCAGCCGCAGGCCCAGACGCGGUCCGUCUACGUCGGCUGGACCGGUAUGCCCAGCAAGCGGCGAAUGGCUCCCCUCGUCGGCCGCGACGGCAUCACCAGCUCACGCGGGAUGCGUGACCAGGAAGUGGCCGCCGUCGAGAUGGACGCAACGCUGGCCUCGGCCCUGGGCCUGCGCGACGGCCAGAAGGUCACCGCCACGGUACACCUCGACCCGCCGCUGGUCCAUACCGUCAACAUCGAGCCCCUGACCCCCGAUGACUGGGAGAUGAUUGAGCUGCAUGGCACCUUCUUGGAAGAUAACCUGCUGUUCCAGAUCCGUGCUGUGCCCAACCCCGCGUAUGCCCCGGGAGGCGUGGCCGUCACGCCACAUCCCCUGACUCUGCACUUGUCGCAGACGUCGACCGCUAGCAUCCGCGUCCUCUCCCUUGAGCCGGCCCUGCCUGCCGACGCGCCGUUUGCGAAGAUUGCCCCCGAUGCCGAAGUCAUUGUCGCGCCCAAGACUCGUCAGAAGCAGAAGUCGAGCCGUGAUAACCGUAGCGUUGGCGGUGCCUCGAGGAAGAGCGGCAGGAGCUCGACCAGCACGUCCCGCAAGAAGAGCUCUCGCGAGGAGAAGAGGCCGGCCCUGUUCUUCCGUGGCGUUGACCGUGCCCGGUGCCAGGACUGGUUCGACGAGGGCGAGGAGCCCACACAAGACCUCAGUGUGUGGGUCGAUCGCGAUCUGUUGGCGUCUAAGGAGCUCAAGGGCGUCAAAUGGGUAUCGGUCAGCCUCGUUCGACCGGCCGGCUUGCAGCCCCCUCAGGAGCCUCAGCAGGGCGGCGGCAACCCAGCGGCUGCUCCCAACGCAGCACAAGAAAACCCGGAGACCAAAGCCUCAACCAAGCUCAUCGCCCAGCUCCGUCCCUGGCGAGACCCUCCUAACGGCCAAACCGCGGCCCUCUCAUCCCCCCUCUGCGCUGCCUUGGGCUGCGAGGGUUUCGUCGGCGGCGUGGUCAAGGUCGAACCGGCUCCUCCUUGCCUCCCACGCAAGACUGUCGACGCAGACGGCGUCUCGCGCGACUCAGUCCAGAAACUCAAGAUCUACCCCUUCCAAUCGACCAAACCCGUCCACGCAGCCGGCCUUAAGUUCGGCGGCCAAUCCAAGGCCGAAAAGGACGAAGCCGCCAACCAGGUCCGCCACAUCUACGGAUCGGAUGGCUCCGGCUUGCUCUUGGGUCCUCUCACCGACGGCCAGAUCCUCGCCGUGCAUCAGGGCCUGCAAUGCCCCCGUGGCUGGGAGGGCGCUCUCGUCAAAUUCGAGCCCGCUCCGCCGGCUGCCUCGUCGUCCUCUGGCGCGCCGGCUAAGAAGCCGUUGAGCUGGAUCAUCGGUGCUGAUUGGAAGCUGCCUAUUGUUGUGCAGCCGCCUAUCACGAAGCCGGCCUGGCUUGCGGAGUUCGAUCUGGAUCGUGUGCCGGAUGCAUCGUCUGAUACCCUGCUCGUGGGCAUCGAUGACCUUCUUGAUCGGCUCAACUCCCACCUGUCGCAUAUGUCCUCCGUCCUGCUGACCGGCGGCCAGGGCGCGGGCAAGACGGCCGUUGCGCAGUCUGUUGCCCGCGCGCUGCGCGGUGGACAGUUGUACCAUGCUACUUACUUCCCCUGCACGAGGCUCGUCACCGACGAGAGCCGGACCUCGACCAUCAAGGAGACGCUGACGAGGCUGUUCAUGUCUGCUGCGUGGGGCGCGCGCCUCGGUGGGCGCGCGGUGGUCGUCCUGGACGACCUGGACCGGCUGUGCCCCGCCGAGCAAGAGCUGCAGGUCGGCAACGACAAUGCGCGGAGCAGGCAGAUCAGUGAGACGCUCUGCGCGCUGGUCAGGCAGUACUGCACGCGGGAGACGGGGGUUGUCUUGCUGGCUACGUGCCAGGGGAAGGAUUCGCUGCAUAAUGUGUUGGUGGGCGGGCAUAUCGUCAGGGAGAUUGUGGACUUGGGCGCGCCGGAUAAGGAGACGAGACGGAAGAUCUUGGAGGCGUUGACCAAACAGGGUGCUGUUGAGCCCGAGGAGGUGAAGCAGGAUGGAGGGGGAGAGGAUGAGUUUGGCAGUCGGCCGACUACGGCUGAUGGGAGUGUCACGGGGGACGAGGGCGGUGGUUGGAUGAUGGAUGGAGCCGGUCGCCGUCCUAACCGGGCCAAGACGCCGCGCUCGAAGCCUUCGGGCUUUGUCCUCGACCCUGACCUCGACUUCCUCGAUAUCGCGGGCCAAACGGACGGCUACAUGCCCGGCGAUCUAAUUCUCCUUGUCUCGCGUGCCCGUAACGAGGCUCUCAGCCGUCUGGUGAAUGGCGAAUCGACCGCCAACCCCGACGCGACCACCAUCCCCCUCGCCCGCACCGACUUCGACCAGGCCCUGAAAGGCUUCACGCCCGCCUCCCUGCGCAACGUCACCUUGCAAUCCAGCACCACGACCUUCGCCUCGAUCGGCGGCCUGCGCCAGACCCGGCAAGUCCUCCUCGAGACUCUGCAAUAUCCCACCAAAUACGCCCCCAUCUUCGCGCAAUGUCCCCUCCGCCUGCGCUCCGGCCUGCUCCUUUACGGCUACCCGGGCUGCGGUAAGACCCUUUUGGCGUCUGCCGUCGCCGGUGAGUGCGGCCUCAACUUCAUCUCCGUCAAGGGCCCCGAGAUCCUCAACAAGUACAUCGGCGCGUCGGAAAAGUCCGUCCGCGACCUGUUCGCGCGCGCCCAGGCCGCCCGGCCGUGUGUCUUGUUCUUCGACGAGUUCGACUCCAUCGCCCCGAAGAGAGGCCACGAUUCGACCGGCGUGACGGAUCGCGUCGUGAACCAGUUGCUCACGCAGAUGGAUGGCGCCGAGGGCUUGUCCGGCGUCUAUGUGCUUGCUGCGACGUCCCGGCCGGACUUGAUCGAUCCUGCGCUGCUGCGUCCGGGGCGGUUGGACAAGAGUUUGUUGUGCGACUUCCCGACAAUGGAGGAUCGGCUGGACAUCAUUCGCGCGCUGGCGAAGAAGGUUAGGGUGAGUGAUGAAGUGUGGGGGGAUCAAGAGAAGCUGGAUGAGCUGGGACGUCGGACCGAGGGAUUUUCGGGUGCGGACUUGCAGGCCCUGGUGUCGAAUGCCCAGCUAGAGGCGAUCCACGAUGUGCUGAGCCAGACGGAGCCGGCCUUGACGAAUGGGGCGAGCAACAACAGGAAGGGGCCCAGUGGGAAGAAGGGAUCGGCGGGGUCGGCGGCGAGGAAUUUUGUGCAGUUUAAGUAUGGCGAGGAAGACGGCGUUGAGCAGGAGAUCAAGCCGCGUACGAGGGCCGCGCAACUCGCAGAGCAGGCGGCUAUUGCGGCUAAGCUAGAAAGUAUCAGGCUUGCCCGUAAGCGCGCCAAGCAGCUGCUUCAUGGCAGCGUGACGUCUGAUGCGGGCCCUGCCCCUACGGAGGAGGGGAAGGAGAAGAAGAGUGAUGGACCGGAGGUCUUGAUUCGGUGGUCGCAUCUGGUCAAGGCGCUGGAGAAUACUAGGCCGAGUAUCAGCCCGCAGGAGAGGCAUCGGCUGGCGAGGAUUUAUCAUGAGUUUGUAGCUGGCAGGAGCGGCGAUUUGAAGGAUGGACAGGCGAGUAAUGAAAUUGGGGGUAGGCAGAGUUUGAUGUAA